AUGGAUCCUGCUGCUGUAACUAGUACGGCACAUUAUCAAGUAACAUUCUUCUCGAAUCAUGAAAGGUACGGCAAUAUACCGGAUGAGAGCAUUUCUGUGCCGUCAUCAGCCAACGUCGAUAACUUGAACGCACUUGUCAACAAAACUCUCGAAGAUUGCUCAGAUGAAAAAUGGAAAACGGCUGAAUUUGAUUUUUUGAUCAAUUCGAUAUUACUGCGUAGCACUUUAUCGGAGUUUGUUGAAGAACAUGCGGUGUCAACGGAGUCAACAAUUCGAGUUGAAUGCAUUUUACGUGAACGACCACCAACACCAGAUUGUGAUAUUGAGACAGACGAUUGGGUUGGUGCUGUGAAAACGACGAAACAUUUUAUCGCAGCAGCAACAUAUAGCGGCACAAUAUGUUUGUAUUCGCAUUCUGGGAAACUGUUAUCGUCGUUAAGUGCUCAUGAAGAAGCGCUGAAGUGUUGUGAUGUGGUGACAUGCCCACAAGAAGGGUAUCGCGUUAUUUGUGGUGGUAGUGAUCAAACGAUUGUUAUAAAUGAAGUUUCAAUGAAACAACAGACAAAUAAGAACGGUGAUAAAAAUGGUGACACUGCUUUAACUAUGACCCCAACUCAUAUAUUGAGAGGUCAUGAACGUAGUGUUGAGUGUGUGGCUGCAAAUCAAUCGGGAAGUCGUUUAGUGUCCGGAGGUUUUGACUCCAUGUUAAAAGUUUGGAAUAUAGAGAAAGAUGAUUCGACAACAACAUACACGAAACGUGUUUCAGCUGAAAGCAAUGCAAAAAAAGCAAAAACUGGUGUGAUAACGAAAAUGCCUAUGGUGACGUUGGCAGGCCAUAAGGAAUUGAUCGUCGGUGCAAAGUGGUUACCAAAUUCGAAUAAAGACGUUGCGACCGUAUCCUGGGAUCAUACUAUUCUAAUAUGGGACCUUGAACUAGCAGUUAAUAAAGCGAUCUUUUUGAUUGGUUCGUUCGUUUCAGGUCAUACCAAUUCAUUGCGUUCAACGAAGCCAUUCACGUCGCUAGAUGUAUGCCCAAAAAAUGGUUUGAUAAUAACCGGUUCGACUGAUCCAGUUGUGCGGUUAUGGGAUUCGAGAAGUCGAGGUUUCCUUGAAUUUGUAUAUUUGGUGGUCUUUUAUUGUACAUUGCAAGCAAAACAAAAGACAACAGCAAAAAUGGGUAAAGGAUUCCAAAAUUUUAUGAGUAAAAAGGAUUUCCAUCCUAGCGCAUGGUGGAAUAUUAAAAAGGUAUGGGAGGCAAGACAAAAAGAAGAUAUGGAAAAGAAGAGGCAGGAGGAAUUACGUAUUCAGUACGAGAGGGAACAAGACAUUCUCAACAAUAAAGCUCUGCUAGGUGACGAAAAAGCCCGUAUGGGUUUAUCGUUCAUGUAUGAUGCACCGGCUGGAAUCAAUAAACGUGAAGAGGAAAAGGUUGAACCGAAAUUCGAAUGGCAACGGAAGUAUACGGCGCCUCGAGAAGACUGGGCGAAGAACAAUGAUGCGAUAAUGGAUCAACCGUUUGGCAUUCAAGUACGUAACGUGCGAUGUGUUAAGUGUCAUACGUGGGGUCAUUUGAACACAGAUCGUGAAUGUCCACUCUACAAUAUGAGUGGCAAUUUUGAAGAUGCUGGAUAUGCGAAUAAUCCAUCCGAUUUGAUUAAACAGUUGCAAAAGGAUCGUGCGACUGGUAGCUCGAAUCAGCGAUUGCAUGAUAAAAGUAGCGAUGAGAUUGCCGGUUGUUCAAAACGUGUUAGGCGUGAAGAAGAAGAUUAUGAAGAGGAAUGGGAAGAGCUCACAAAAGAGCAACUAGCAAACAAUAUGAAAGAAGAGCACGGGUUAAAAUUCAAGAGCAAUGUUUUUAGUAAUAUACGUGCCGAAGAGGAGAUCACUAGGAUGGGUAAGCCAAAACUCGAUCAAAACAAUGUUUCACAAUUUUUGCAAACACUCUCUGACAAAGAUCGCCGAAAACUGCUCAAGAAAUUGGCUGGAAACGACAAAAAUUCAAAAAAGAAGAAAGAGAAGAAAAAGAAGGGGAAAAGCGAACGUCGACAUCGAAAGGAACGAAAAUCGAGCGGCACUGAUGAGGAGUCAGCAGCAAGUUUCAGCGAAUGGACUGAAGAUGAAUCGAAUGCUUAUGAGAGUACGUUCGGUAUACGUAUUGAAAUGACAAUCGAGAAACCUGUAAGGUUAAAACCGCAAGGUCGUUUCUGA